AUGCUUUUAUCUAAAUUGACCACUUGUCCAAUAAUCAGACUCUGUUUACCUGUUAGAUAUUACUGGUAUAGGAGAAGUUAUGUACCACCCAUGCUUGAGCCGGGCUUAUAUCCAUAUCCUAAACGUCAAGUACCUGAGUGUGGUAGAAAAACAUUUCAAGAGAGAAUGCAAGAGUUGUCUGUAAAACCAAAAGAUGCUUCUUCAUUGGAACCUGUUGAUAUUGGUCUACCAUAUGUAUUACCUAAAACACCAGAAGUAUUUUCGAAGAGAUUUGAUCUAGAAACUCAGGCACGGAAAAGAACCCUACAGAUCCCGCUCGAUGUAAUCCACUCACCUAGUGAAGAUAUUGAAGGUCCAAUGCGUCGAUUAACUAUGGCUCAACAUUACGAUAUUUUCAAUUCAUUAUUUGGUCCACCCCAUAUUUUUGUUCCUGUUGUAAAUUUUAGUGUUGCCUAUUUGAAACCGGAGGACAGUGAAACCAGUAUUUCAGACAAAACUGACAGUAUUAAUGAUUUGCCUGCUUCUUUUGUACAACCUGUUUUUAGUGGAAAUCUAUUAUCUGCCAAUACAGCUAAGGAACAUCCACUUAUUGACUUGUCCUCCGUACCAAAUGAUUUCUACUGGACUUUAGUAAUGACAUGCCCAGAUGAACCAAUUGGUAGUGAUACUUCUAAGGCGCCUAAUGAAUAUAUUCACUGGAUGGUGGCAAAUCUACACCCAUCAUCACAAGGUGAUACGAACGGUGACGAAAUUAUUCCAUAUCUGCCUCCUUUACCAUAUCAAGGGACUGGCUAUCAUCGUUACAUUUUUAUCUUGUAUCGACAAGAUAGUGGUAAAAUUGAUUUGAGUAAAUGGAGAAAAGGAGAGCCUAGUAGCGACUUUCGAUUGGAACGGAGUUUCAGUACAUUAGAAUUUUAUCGGGGUCUACAAGAUGAAUUAACUCCUGGCGGUUUAGCAUUCUUUCAGUCGAUAUGGGACGAAAGUGUGAGGUCAUAUUACCGCUAUAAACUUAAUGCACCUGAACCUGUCUUCGAAAUUCAAUGGCCAGAUCCUCGGUUACCUCCGCAAGAGCAGUUCCCCGUUACUAAUUCGUGGGUUAGACCUCGUCGCCACCCUCAUGGUAUUCCUCUUAUCAGGGAGAGAUAUGGUGUACACAGCGAUGUAUCAUUUGAUGUAUAUUUGGACCGUUAUCGAGAUCGUAAGGAUUUGUACGAGGAGAUUAUACAUGAACGAUUGGCCAGUGAGGGAAAUCCUUUAGAUGAAGAAGAGCCUCGUCGCAAGACAUAUGAAUAUCCUGCCGCUAUCCCAAUGCCUUCGCGAAUGCCCAGUUGGUGGGUUAAGCAGGAAACCCAACGGCGCCUGCGUCAGGGCAAAGGUUUAUUAUCACAAUUGUUUAGAAAGCCUAAACAUGAGUAUGAAUUUAUAGAAGAAGAAGAAGAAGAAGAAGAAGAAGAAGAAGAAGAAGAAGAAGAAGAAGAAGAAGAAGAAGAAGAAGAAGAAGAAGAAGAAGAAGAAGAAGAAGAAGAAGAAGAAGAAGAAGAAGAAGAAGAAGAAGAAGAAGAAGAAGAAGAAGAAGAAGAAGAAGAAGAAGAAGAAGAAGAAGAAGAAGAAGAAGAAGAAGAAGAAGAAGAAGAAGAAGAAGAAGAAGAAGAAGAAGAAGAAGAAGAAGAAGAAGAAGAAGAAGAAGAAGAAGAAGAAGAAGAAGAAGAAGAAGAAGAAGAAGAAGAAGAAGAAGAAGAAGAAGAAGAAGAAGAAGAAGAAGAAGAAGAAGAAGAAGAAGAAGAAGAAGAAGAAGAAGAAGAAGAAGAAGAAGAAGAAGAAGAAGAAGAAGAAGAAGAAGAAGAAGAAGAAGAAGAAGAAGAAGAAGAAGAAGAAGAAGAAGAAGAAGAAGAAGAAGAAGAAGAAGAAGAAGAAGAAGAAGAAGAAGAAGAAGAAGAAGAAGAAGAAGAAGAAGAAGAAGAAGAAGAAGAAGAAGAAGAAGAAGAAGAAGAAGAAGAAGAAGAAGAAGAAGAAGAAGAAGAAGAAGAAGAAGAAGAAGAAGAAGAAGAAGAAGAAGAAGAAGAAGAAGAAGAAGAAGAAGAAGAAGAAGAAGAAGAAGAAGAAGAAGAAGGAUUCUAUCCGUUUUUGUCGUGUACGCAUCUCGCCUGUUUUUGGAAAAUCAUUGAACAGUUAGCUAACAUGAAAAAAAAUGCCGACUCUUUAGAAUUAUAA